AUGGAUUCUGGAUUACGUCGCAGCAGCCGUGAGUCCAGGCCAAGAAAGCUCCUCGGACAGGAAACCGAUGGUCAGCUUGGCAUGAACCAACCUGGCUUAAAUCAUAUCCGGACAUCGGAAGAGAGAAUUCAGAGUGCAGAAGCCAUCGAAGGCCUCAGGAUUUUCAACGAGCAUCUCCGUGGAAAGGGAUGGGACUUCGGGCAUAGUGACAAGUUGGAUUUCAUUGAAGUCUACUACGACACAAGGGCAUCUAUCCAAAAUGCAGUGGAAGGUGUCAGCAAGUUCUACAGCUAUGACGCAAUCUGGCGCAAAUGGAUAUCUGAUAAAGAAUUUCGGCGCAUGCACAGUUGUCGAAAAGGGAGUUGUCGACGCACCAUCUCCGAACAGGGAGUUCCCGACGCACCAUCGCCGGGCUACGACAACCUUGGCGAACCGACCCUUGGAGUUCCUGCUGCAGCAGGAAGAUCGACCGAGAGCACCAGGGAAUCGGGAGCGAAAGAAACCCGUGCUACUCCCGGCAUGAAGAAGAAGCGUGGACGCCCUUCUGGUAGCUCCAAGCAGCAGAAGCAGCAGCAAUCUAAGAAACGCCAAAAGAAGAGAGAGCCGUGUUCAAGCCCUCGACCUCAGACAAGAAGCAGUCCUGUCGCCCAGCAAAAUCAAGCAAACUCUGGAGCAAAGACUGAAACUCCACCUACUGCCAGUUCAUCGACCGGUGCCCUCCAAUUGCCGAACCGAUCGGUAGUCACUCCUCCGUUGGGUCGUGCAGACCUUCUUGAUGAUUACUCCCAUCUCGCUGACGAAAACGCCGAACUCAAAAGGCGAUUGGAAGGAAAAGAUGCACGAAUCGACCAACUCGAAAGGGAAUUGGAAGACGCACUAGAUCUUGCAGCAGCCCAAGCAGUUCAAGUUGAAGACCUCAACCACUUAGGUGAAAAGACUGCAAAGGAAAAGGUUGCUCUGAAAAAGGAACUGGAUCAGAUGAGAAUGAAUCAAGUUCGUUAG